GUUUAGUUUAAUGUUUCAUUUUCCGGUGUAGAGAAAUGGCUGGGAAACUUGACAAUGCCAACCCUGUGGUUUAUGAACAAAGUAGGGAGAGACAGGUCUUACCUGAGGAAGAAGACGAUGAUAUUACCGAUAAGAUAGACGACAGAGAAGUAUUUGAUAUGCUAAGAUGCAUCAAUGAUCCGGAACACCCUUUAACCUUAGAGGAGCUUAAUGUACUGGAAAGUGCUUUAGUAAAAGUAGAUGAUGAGAACAGCUACGUCAGCGUAACCUUCACUCCCACAAUCCCUCACUGCAGUAUGGCGACAUUAAUAGGGCUUUCUAUAAGGGUCAAACUUCUACGAUCCCUGCCACCUCGCUUCAAGGUCGAUGUGUCCAUAACUCCUGGAACCCAUGCUUCUGAAGUUGCAGUAAACAAACAGCUAGCAGACAAAGAGAGGGUUGCUGCUGCUUUAGAGAAUUCUCACCUGAUUGAGGUUGUUAACCAGUGCCUUGUAACCAGGAAGUGAUGUCACAGACAUAAAAAUGUUUCUAUCCCAGAAAAUGGUGUUCCUUGCAUAUCUCAUUAUGUACAGUCCAUGCAUUUCUCAUUAUGCAGUAAAGAAGAAACAGACAUCACUUUAAUGUGUGUUUACUCUGUUUUAAAAUUCGUCUCGGGCAGAUUUAUGUGGAAAUGAGGUUUUGACAGUUUUACUACAGUUCUGAAUCACAGCAAUAACGUUUUUAAAACAAGGCAUUGUGUCAGAAUACAUAUGAUGAUGUCUGAGAACUAUAAAAUAGAAAAUGCAUUAUAUUUUAACAGAACAUCUUGUGCGAUUGUUAAUUGAUGUUUAAGAAUAUUAAUACAUAAUUGUUUUGAACUGAAGUUCUUAAUGACAGACUAUUUAACUAUGUUCAUGUACACACAUUUGUAAACCAUGCAAUUGCUAUCAAUGAAUAAAAAAUGUAAAAAGAAAGCUA